UGCAUGCACACACGUAUACAGUACCAAAAUAGAAUACAAUUUACAUCAGAGUGCAAUUAACUACUGGUCAUACACACAAACUCCCCAUAAUGCUUUUGGUAAAUAUACUCAUCUCCGUACUAUUAUUCGUUGGGGGCACUUUUGCUAAAAGUGUCACCAGUAGAAAAAUUGAUGCAAUAGGAUUCAGCGGUUCAGGAUUCUAUAUAUACUACCAUUUUGGUGUGGCGAGAAAAUUGCUUGAGUCUGGGCUUAUAGUCCCGGGAGAGACGCCGAUGGCUGGUACAAGCGGUGGAUCGUACAUGGCAGCUUUGAACAGUAUGGGUGUGGACGUUGAAGAUAUUAAGGAAGCGUUUGAUAGUACUAUAAAAAAAUGCAGCGAGAGAUCGUGCGACGGUAGAUUAGACAACGUUGCAUCGCAGAUUUUGGAGUCACUCGUCCCGAAAGGAGAUGCCUGGAAAAGAAGCAAGGAUCUGGUGGGCGUCCACAUAACCAUUGGAGAAGAAGUGCCCUUCACCGAAUGUGUUUCACUGCCUCCUACCGGACUGACUGUCACGGGAUUUACGAGUAGAAAUGAUCUCAUUAGUGCGCUUCGGGCAUCCUCGUUUGUCAGCGGUAUAUCGAAAUCAGACACCUGCACGACAACAUUCAGAGAUAUGUACGCUAGAGACGGCGGGUACUCCAAAGAGCUUCCGUGUCCAGACGGAUUUGAGGGCGACAACUGUCUGCGCGUGGCUGUAGUUCCCAGCAGCCAGUGGGUCACGUGGUCAGGCUUGGGCGGUGAUGUGCCGUUAGACAACUCAACGGACAUAUACCCGGGUAUUCGUGGUCUGGACACCUUGCCCAUUUCCGAAGGGGAAUGGCUAAAAGCAAUGUUUAAUGCCGAAGCCAUUGCACUGCAUAAAUAUGCAUUAGUACAGCUAGGUUACGAGGAUACAGAGUUCUGGUUAGAUCAGAAUUCACGUCCUCGAAAAUAAAUUCGUGCGCAAAUCGAACAUAGUUUGAAGUUAAAAAUUUAAAAGUUUUUAAUAUGGUCCGGUCAGCGUUUGUCGAUUAACGAAUAGACGCGUAUCAAUUCUAAUUACCUAAGCUAAUGGAGCUUUGCAAUCAUGGCUUGAAUUU